AUGGAGCGUCCGGCCCUACAACCGCUUAGGCGUCUGGCCUCACAGCACCUCCCUCUGACGGCCAAACGAACCCAAGCCACGGCAUCCCGGACGAGAAAGGCCCUCAAGAUUGCGCCCCACGAGUCGUUCCUGGCAGGCAAGACCAACGAGGACCACAUCAUCUUCAAUCCGCCAUCGUCGGCGCCCUCGGUCUACCACACGCCCUUCAAGUUUCUGCCGCGCUCCGACCCGCGCCGGCAGGCCAACCUCACGCAGAUCAUCCGGGCCUCGUCAUCACCAGCAUCGACCGGCGUGGUGGCACCAGAGCUCGGCACCCAGACCAACGGCGGCUUCGUCCCGCCCAAGCAAAACGUGACGAGGGAGCAGGUCGAGGAGAUGCGGGCACUCCGGGCGCUGGACCCGACCAAGUGGAGCGUCGCGGCGCUGGCCAAGAAGUUUGACUGCACCAACUGGUUCGUCAUGAUGUGCUGCAAGGCCAGCCCCGAGCACAAGGCCAGCGAACAGGCGAGACUCGAGGCCAUCAAGGCCAGAUGGGGUCCCAUCCGGACACAGGCGAGAGAGGAGCGCAAGAAGAGGAAAGCCAUGCUGGGUAGAAGCGAGUUAUAG